CUCCCCCGCAGGCUUUAAAGGGCCCGCGCAGCCGGGGCUGGGCGGGAGGUGGGGUCCGGUUUGUAGGCGUCGCGUGUGUGCAGAAGGAGGCACCGGCGCCAUGAGGGAGAUUGUGCACCUGCAGGCUGGGCAGUGCGGCAACCAGAUCGGGGCCAAGUUCUGGGAGGUGAUCAGCGAUGAGCAUGGCAUUGACCCCACAGGCACCUACCACGGCGAUAGCGACCUGCAGCUGGAGCGCAUCAAUGUCUACUACAAUGAAGCCACAGGUGGGAAGUAUGUUCCCCGUGCAGUGCUGGUGGACCUGGAACCAGGCACCAUGGACUCGGUGCGCUCCGGCCCCUUUGGACAGAUCUUCCGGCCUGACAACUUCGUGUUCGGUCAAAGUGGUGCAGGCAACAACUGGGCCAAGGGACACUACACAGAAGGGGCUGAACUGGUAGACUCAGUCCUGGACGUGGUGAGGAAGGAGGCAGAAAGCUGCGACUGCCUGCAGGGCUUCCAGCUCACCCACUCGCUGGGUGGGGGCACGGGCUCAGGCAUGGGCACACUGCUCAUCAGCAAGAUCCGGGAGGAGUACCCUGACCGCAUCAUGAACACCUUCAGCGUGGUGCCCUCACCCAAGGUCUCGGAUACGGUGGUGGAGCCUUACAAUGCCACGCUGUCCGUGCACCAGCUGGUGGAGAACACGGACGAAACCUACUGUAUUGACAACGAGGCCCUGUAUGACAUCUGCUUCCGCACCCUCAAGCUCACCACGCCCACCUAUGGUGACCUCAAUCACUUGGUCUCGGCCACCAUGAGCGGCGUCACCACGUGUCUCCGUUUCCCCGGCCAGCUCAAUGCCGACCUCCGCAAGCUGGCUGUCAACAUGGUUCCCUUCCCCCGACUCCACUUCUUUAUGCCUGGCUUCGCCCCACUUACCAGCCGCGGGAGCCAGCAGUACCGAGCUCUCACAGUGCCCGAGUUGACCCAGCAGAUGUUCGAUGCCAAGAACAUGAUGGCAGCUUGUGACCCCCGCCACGGGCGCUACCUCACAGUGGCAGCUGUCUUCCGGGGCCGUAUGUCCAUGAAAGAGGUGGACGAGCAGAUGCUGAAUGUCCAAAACAAGAACUCGAGCUACUUCGUGGAGUGGAUCCCCAACAAUGUCAAAACAGCAGUAUGCGACAUCCCACCGCGGGGGCUCAAGAUGGCUGCCACCUUCAUCGGCAACAGCACGGCCAUCCAGGAGCUCUUCAAGCGCAUCUCGGAGCAGUUCACGGCCAUGUUUCGCCGCAAGGCUUUCCUCCACUGGUACACAGGCGAGGGCAUGGACGAGAUGGAGUUCACGGAGGCUGAGAGCAACAUGAACGACCUGGUGUCUGAGUACCAGCAGUACCAGGAUGCCACGGCUGAGGAGGGGGAGUUUGAGGAGGAGGCAGAGGAGGAAGUGGCCUAGGAAACCCUCCCGGGGCUUCCCCUUCCUCUGUAUUCCGUCCAGCACCCAACCCAACCCAACCUGGCAUGGAUUCCCACCUUGUAGACUUAGAAUUUGGCAAGAAUGGUGUUGCCCCAUGGUGGCAGUGUGGGGGUUAGACAAGCUGUGUGGUGGUGGUGGAGGGGUAUGUAGGUCUGAUGAAAAGCACUGACUCCCUUGUCCAAAAUCUUCCCUCCCUCAAUCAUCCACUCAACUCAAAAUGGCAUGGAUUCCCACCUUGUAGACCUACAGGCUGGCAAGAAUGGUGUCACCCCCUGGUGAAGGCAGAGCAGGCUGUGGGUGAUUGGUAGGUGCGGCUCUAUAGGUCUAAUAGAAAACUGUCUGUCUUCCCCACACGUAAUCCUACACCCUACCCAACUCAGUGAGGUAUGGAUUCCCACAUUGUACACCUAGAGUUUGGUAAGAGCAGCUCUGUCCAUUGGUGGUGGGUUGGGGGUAAGACAGGUUGUGUGAUGGGGCAGAGGGGAGGUCUCUUGGUCUGAUGGAGAGCUGCUAUCUUACAUCCAACCGAAUAGGGCAUGGAGUCCCACCUUGUAGAGCUAGUAUGGCCAAAGCGGUGUGACCCUGUUGGUGGCGUGGGGGUAAGAGGCCAUGUAUAAUGGCAAGGGGGCUAUAUAAGUUCAUCGGGAAGCUCGGUCUCCAUUGUCUGCUAUCAUCCCCUUCCUCCUGAGCUUGGCAAGAGUGGUGGUAAGAUGGGCCCUGUGAGAUGGGGCAGAGGGGUAUAGAUGUAAUGGAAAGCUCUUGACUCCCUUGUCCACUGUUUUUUCCCCUACCCCCAUCCUACACCAACCUAACCCAUGGCUUGGAUUUCUACCAUGUAGAUCUAGAGUUCACCCAGAGUGGUGCUUCUGCUGGUGUGGGGGGAAGGGGUAAGACAGGUGCGUGAUGGGGUAGGAGGGAUGUAGGGUUGAGGGGAAGCUCACACUCCCUUCUCUGCCAUCUUCCAUCCAUCUUCCUUCUAGCCCAAUGGGCAUGAGGUCCCCCCACCUAGACUUACGGUUCACCUAAAGCUGCACUGCCCCUGGGGUGAGGUAGUGCAGUGGAAUGGCAGAGGGGAAAAGGGUGGGGGGAAUGUGGGUCUAAUGGAAAGCACUGGCUCCCUUCUCUGCCCCCAUCCUACACCUACCCCAACCCAACAAACAGUCCUGGCCUGGGCUCCUACCAUGGCUGCCCCCUUCCAGCAAGGAGGUGGUACAGCAGGCUGUGCUAUAAGAUGGGAGAGGGCUAUGGGGCGGGGUCUCAUGGAUAGCACUGCCCUUAACUCCCCACCCCCCCCCCC